CGUUUCGCAAAGCCAUCAGAUACUCAUACCACUUCAUCUAGUUAAUCACUAUGCGUUGUAUGCAUUCGACAUGGAGAACAAGAAAAUAUCGAUACUUGACUCGCUCAGUGCACUAGGCCCCUUCAACGAAUCAAGAAUAUCUAGACAUAACAAGACAUGUCACACCAUAGCAUAUCAUCUCGCCGAGUGCAUGAGGUUAGCUUUUCCUGGAUGGGAUGAGGACAUACCUAGCUGGGGUAUUGAGGUCGUAGAGAACAUACCAGAACAACAAAACUCGGAUGAUUGCGGUUUUCUUGUAUUGAACUUCAUGCGCAACUGGAAUGGCCUCCGUCUAAUUAAUUUCAUAAGCAAGGAUUCUAACGACCUAAGGUGCACUUUUCUACUGGACUUGCUGACGUUCAAGACAAAUGAAGCUUCUCUUCCAGAUUGGGUUAAACUCCAGCUCAGCCAGCUUAGGGAUUAGACUAGUAGACAACAUUAUCCGCAAACAUUUCCCUAUAGAUUUUCUUCAUUCGUAGCCAGCCACACUGUACUUUGCUUAACUAUGUCAUUGUAUUUGCAUAUUCUCCUUACUUUCAGAAAUGAAUAUCAAUCUCUA